ACAAAAGGAAAAGGAAUGAUGCCGAGGAUUCUGGCACUUCUAAGGCUGAAAAAGUUGUUCCUUCUCAUCCGAAGGCAGCUUAUGAUCCUUAUAUUGAAUCCCUCGUCAGCUCUGAUGACGAGGAAGAAGUACCAACUGUUGACGUGGCUCCUCGGACAAGCACGUCACAUACUGUACUUGCCUCAGACACGCUAGUUGAAGGAGAAGAAUCCUCGCCUCCUCAACAAAACGUCGUCACCACAACUCCGCCAGCAAGCCCCCUUGCUCCUUCACCAAAAAGGACAAGGAUUGAAACAAUUGUUGAACCUGUUCCUCAAUUGGGCAGCUCGUCGACUCUGCUCUUAGAUGAUCCUAUGAUCAAAGAGCUUCUCCGCAUCGGAUCCCAAUUUAUUGGGUAUCGUGAGUAUGCUAGCAGAGCCGAAGAGAAACUUGCAGAGGCCAAUAAACGUGCCGACGCACUUGCUCAAAAACUUGAGCAGAGUGAGGCGGCUCGCAAGAAAGCCGAACUUGUUGCUAGCGAAGCCAAAGCCGAGGCUGAUGAAGCCAAAGCAAAAGCUGCUAGUGUCGAGGAACUGCAGAAAAGACUUGAGGAUGCUGCAUCUGCCUUAAACGAGCACAAAGCUGCACAAGCUUCUCAUGAACAGGGGAUCCUCAAGCGCCUGAAAUCACAAAGUCGACGCACUCACAACCAAACAAACCAAGAUUUUGAUCUGGAGAAUCCUGUCGAUGACCCUCUCCUUGACGCACUUUCCUAUCUGGAGCUUCAUGGGUCCGAAAUUCGUGAAGGCGUGGCAAAUGCUAAUGCAUGUUUGUCGGCGCUGUUCCCCUACUUCUUCCCGAAGAAAGAGGAGCCCCCGACUUUCCUUACCCUUGCCAAGAUGUUCAAUUCACCAGAAGACCUUGGACUGAAGAUGCGCCAAGAAAAUAUGAAGAUUGCUGUCGAAGGUACUGUUGCUCUGGUUGCUGACAGCCAACAGACUGUUGAUUGGACAAAAGUUGGCGACACCGAUCAGAUAGAGCAAUCAAGGUGGAGGUCCCUGAUUAAGGCAGCCAAGCCCAACACGAAGAAAAUCUUGGCUUAUCUCGGGAUCAAACCAGCUUCGACUCCUAGCUCAUCAAGGCCGGAGGUCUAGUUGCAUGCCUCUUUGUUUUUCUUUCUCUGUUUCUUUUGCUCUUGUCGCCAAAGUAGUUAUUUGGCGACACGUACUUCGUUAGCUCCAUUGUAACGCCUUUGUAAUUAUUCCGGAAGAUUAAUGAAGACUCUAUUUUUUGCUUGUUGAUUGA